UUGCCCCCUGUAAGGGUACACCACGGCGUACGGGGCACAAGAGGCCGACGCUGCAGUGAGUCGGCCUUUUCCCGGAAAUCUUGUGGCUCUGCGAAUCAUGACGCAACGGGAAACGGUGCUGGUGAGGCCACCCGACGCAGCGGAAGCGGAAAUGGCGAGGCUGUGGGCUCACCCGUGGCCCGUCUACAACGAGGGCCACGGCACCGUCAUCCUGCCGUCGGCGUACUUGGACAGGCCCCUCAUGUACACCCGGUCCGCAACUCCGGAGGUCAACUACGCCACCGUAGGGGUAGUGAUGGCCAAGGCAUUAUCCGAUGCCAUCGGUCCCAACUCCAGGUGGAACGCGACGUCAUCUGGGUCCUGGUGGGGAACCGAGGCCAGCUUCUCCUACUCGAUGCUGGCGGGCUGCUUGCGCCAGCACUCGGACCCCAACGUGAUCGCCAACCCGAUGGACGCGCAGCCCAGGAGAUCCGCGGCGUUCAAGUCGAGCCUGUUCUCCUGGAUGCGCGCGGCCAGGGCCGCCAUGGACGCGCUCCGAGACCAGUUCCGCGGCUCGGACCGCGGCGAGGAACAGUGGGGCCGGGCCCAGCGCGUGUUCUUCAAACGCUUCUGCCUCCUCUCCUGCGGCUCGGAGCGGUGGGACGCCAUGUCUCCGCUGGAGCGAUGCACGUGGCCUCUGCUCAGCAUGCCGGAGUUUCGGGACGCGUUCAACUGCAGGAACGACACGUUCGAGCGCUUCGACAGCACAUGCGCGUCCCUCUGAGUCGACGGGGCAAUAUUUCUUAGCUCCGUUAACUUCUCCAUCAGAAAAAAAAAACACUACAAUUUGGUCCACGGAGGUUAGCGCGUCUUCUUGCACGGAACUAUAGGCAUGGCACUAGAACGGAAUGUAGCAUUAUAACACACACCAGCAAAGCUUCGUUUCACAUAUAGAUUACGCGCGUUACGAAAGCAAGGUUUGGGUACGGGCUAGUUGGUAUUUCAUUGUUUCAAACUUCACUUACAGCGCAUACAUAGACAAGGGACCAAAAGGACGAUGAAGGCAAGCGCUGACUUCCAAUUGAUUUUUAUUUUGAGUAACACGCAUAUAUACUGAGACACCAAGACAAAAGCGCCCCCACAAAGCAUUAAACCGACAUGAGUAUGAAUUCAAAAUUCAAAGGAACCAUGUUACUUUCAUUCAAAAGAACCAUGCAUGUUACUCAACAUAAACAUCAGUUGGAAGUCAGCGCUUGGCUUCGUCGUUCUUUUGGUGCCUUG